AUGACCGUUGAUUUAAGAGCAUCACGUCGAAUAUUACCUGCACCUAUGAUUGAUCGUUCAUCUUAUUCAAUAUUUUCAGUAAUUAAACAAGCAAUUGGAAAAGAUCUUACCAAAUUUUCUAUACCUGUUGUUUGGAAUGAACCUCUUAGUUUUCUUCAACGUUUAGCUGAAUGUAUAGAAUAUUCAUCUUUACUUGAUCAAGCUGCAUUAACUAAUAAACCUGUUGAACGAUUUCAUUUGUUAACAGCUUUUAUUGUUUCAACUUUAUCAACGAAUCUUGAACGAAUGUCAAAACCAUUCAAUCCAUUAUUAGGUGAAACAUAUGAAUUAAAAAUGGAAGGUGAUACACCAUUUCAUUAUAUUUCUGAACAAGUUAGUCAUCAUCCACCUGUAUCUGCUCUUUAUAUUCGUGGACAACAUUGGACUUUAUCUGCAAAUGUUGAACCAAAAGUUAAAUUUCAGGGAACAAAUGUUGUAGCUGUAUCAGAAGGUCGAUGGAUACUUCGUAUAAAGAAAAUAGUUCCAACAUCUCGAUCAGCAUCUCAAUCAAGUUUUCAAUCAUGUACUGAAGAAGAUGAUGAACAAAAUAGUAAUGUAAAUAAUCAUUCUGAUGAAGAAGAUGAAUAUACAUGGACAUCACCAUCUAUACUUGUUCAUAAUAUUUUAUUUGGUCGUCUUUGGUGUGAAUUUCAAGGAGAAUUCGAUUUACAACAUACACAAUCAAAUCAACGAUCUGUUCUUACUAUUAAAACACAAUCAUGGUUAUCAUCACAAUCAACUAAAACAGCGAAUAUGUUUAAAUAUACUGGUUUCAUUUAUGAUGGGAAAGAUAAACUUGGUGCAUUUCAUGGUAACUAUGGUCAUUGUUAUUAUGCUAUUGAUAAUCUAGAAGAUGCACAAUUUAAAUCAUCUUCUUCUUCUUGUUGUUCAGCCGGUGGUCAUAAUUGUAUUCAUAUUAAUACAACUGCAACAGUAUCAUCCCCAUGUGAUCUUAUUCUUACUCCGUCAUCACGUCUUAUUUGGUUUCGAUCUCUUUCUCUAAUGAAUGAUAAUGAAUUAGCAUUAAGAUCUCAAUAUUAUUUUUUUACUCCAUUUGCAUUGUGUCUUAAUGAACAAGUAUCUUCUGUAGUACUACCAUUAACUGAUAGUCGAUAUCGACAAGAUAUUCAAUAUCUUGAAAAAGGAAAUACAGAUGCAGCUGCAGCAGAAAAACAUCGUCUUGAAGAACAACAACGUGCUGAUGCAAGAAAACGUGAUAAUGAACAUCAACCGCUAUGGUUUAAAAAAGAUGAGAAUGAAGAAUAUGUUUAUACAAAUGAGUAUGACCAAAGACAGUUUAAUCAUUGUCCAAAUCUUUUUUCUUCAUAA